CCAUGUCGUCCUCAAAGCAGCCCAUCCUCGUAGUCCUCACUUCGCACACGAAGCUCAUCGACUCGGACCACGCCACCGGGUGGUACCUUCCUGAGCUCGCCCAUCCUUACUACCGAUUUAAGGAGGCUGGCUACCCCCUCAUCUUUGCCUCUCCCAAGGGAGGUGAGGCUCCUUUGGACCAGUCUUCCGUCGACGCCUUCAAGGACGACGAGGAGUCCAAGCAGUUCCUCAAGGACGAGGAAGGACAGAAGCUUGUCAAGAACACGCAGAAGUUGAGCGAAGUGGACCCGGACGUGUCCAAGUACGCCGCCAUCUUCUAUCCUGGUGGACACGGCCCCUGCUUCGACCUUCCCCUCGAUGAGGACUCUCACCGCUUCAUCCGCGCAUUCUACGAGACCGGCAAGCCCGUCUCUGCCGUCUGUCACGCCCCUGCGGUCUUCAGUGACGUGAAGCUCAACGACGACAACUACUUCCUCAAGGGUCGUACCGUCACCUCUUUCACAAACGAGGAAGAAGAGCAGGCUGGGCUCACAAAGAACAUCCCCUGGCUUGUCGAGUCGCGACUUGAGGAGAGGGGAGCCACUUUCCAAAAGACACAGCCUUGGGGCGAGAAGGUCGUUGUGGACCGCACUUCAACGGGUAGAAUCUUGAUCACUGGUCAGAACCCUGCUUCGGCGGCUAGGAUGGCUGAGGAGGUCAUCAAGGCCCUCGAGUCUCAGUAGUCGGCAUCGCAAAAGACGGAAUCGCAACUGAAGAAAUAAAGGAGUGGAGGAAACUACUGAGCUCAAUCAAUCAACAUGCAAUCAUAGAUUGGCAUAGCAAUACAUUACUUUCAUUUUCUAUAAGACGUGAACGAGUGCGCAGUGUGUCCGCUCUCACUGCUUACACCCAUAAUGCAUCGCUUCGCCCGUAUUGCUCACAGCAAGCACGCUCACUCCCAAUCUCUUUCCACAAACACCACACGUCCUCCCCUGCGUCACCUUGACUCUUCUGCUCUUCAAUCCCGCCAAUCUCUCGUCUACUUGCAGAGAAUACUCCUUUGAGAUGGAAGCAAUGACGCGAUUAUGAGAGUGGGAGCGAUGAGAGGCUUGCAGACCCUUGAAGAGGAACGUGGAAAUGGCAGAGAUGGGUACGAGGGGCGGGAGAAGAGAGAGAACUGCGCCUAGCUCCAGGGAGGAUGGAUGGCGGG